GGUGCUACUGCGCAUCGAUACUCAGAUGUAGAAGUAGACGUGCACUGAGAACAUCCUGUUUCUGUGUGUCACGAUGCUGACGAGACUGCUUCUGCUUUUGUCUCUGACAGGGCAUGUGUUUGCCGAAGAACCGUCUGAUGUGGACUGUUUGGUGGUGCACCUGAAAUAUGUUCACUGUACCUGGAAUAAGCAUGGGACUCCAGAGGUCAAUUACACCUUCACCGGCUGGUUUCACGGUGACAAAGUAAUCACUGAGUGCCCCACCUAUCUGUCAGAGAACAACACAAACACUGGAUGUAACCAGCCCUAUGAUGACCCAGUCAAGAGGUUCAACACGUUUUACACCAGACUGGAACACGGCGGAAAAAAAAUUCAGAGGGAGCAUUUUCUUAAAUCCAAAGUCAAGUUAAAUCCACCAAGCAACGUGACUGUCAAGAAUGGAUCUGACUCUAACCUGUGGCUCAGCUGGAUCCAAAUCUUUCCUAACUGUGUGGAGAGUGAAGUUCGCUACAGGAUCAACAACAGAAAUUGGGGGACACCUUCUCCCGCCAGCACUGGAACGCAGAGUUACUGCAUCAACUUGCCCAUCCGCAAUUACCGAUAUGAGCUUCAAGUACGGAGCAGAGUGUGGUCCGGCUGUGGGCAGUCUGAUUUCUGGAGUGAAUGGAGUGAGCCUGUGGUCUGGGGAUCUAACAACGGCACAGUAACGAAUCAAAUGAACAAUUCAAUGUCUGUGUGGAGCGCAGUGCUGGGUGUGGUGGGUGCUUUCAUCCUCAUCCUACUGGUUAUGAUGCUGCUGCACCAUGAAAGAAUCAGAAUCAUCUUCAUCCCUGUGGUUCCCAAGCCACCCCUGAAGCUUCACAACACCGAGGAUUGGUUUGAGUUCCCCAAAGGCCUGAAAGAGAGUUUUAAUUACAACGAGCGUCCCUGUUCUGUCCGUGAGUACUGCCAUGUCCCCCAGUCCGACAGCGAGAGCUCCGACUGCUCCACCUGCUCCGCCAACACCGACCAAACCGACUGCUCCGUCACUAUCCCUGUGAACUAAUCAGACCUGUCCACCCCCUGCUCCUCCUCUACCUCCACAGUUCCAGUCAAGACUGAGGAGGAGAGACAGGGUUUUGUUUAGGAGGCAAGCGUAUUAUACCACAAAUAAUAACUCUGAACCACAUCAUCUAUAUAUCACUUUUUAAUGGUGAAAUGCAGUUCAGAGUUACUUUUGAAAACAUGCUUUAAGGUAUAAAUAGAUAUAUGGAAUCAUCAACCACUUGGAGGCAACAACAUUUACUAUACCGCAGAGUUUUCACUUUGUGGUUUUUAUAGUUCACUACACUGGAACAAAUCAAAGUUCCCCUUACAUAUCAGCAAAGGCAGGACAGAGACACAGUAAAAGUCCUUAAAAAGUCAACACCCAUCAGUUUGUCCUCAAACGUAAAGGUUAAUGUGAGAGAGAGACAAAUAUUUCAUACUUUAUCAUUACUGUUAUCAAUCCAAAUCCUAGUUUAUCUAUGUUGAUAACAGGGAUGUAGCAUCAGCAGGACUUCCUCCAGACAGUUACAGUACAAUAUGAUUGUAAAACCAUUGUAUUCUUUAUUUUUUCUCUUUAUCUCCAACUGUGAAGUUUUAUUCUUCUGCCUAAAUCCAGUUUAGCAAUAUUGUUCUUAUGUAUAUCGAUGUAUGUGUACAUUUUUUCAUAGAUUUAAAAGGUAUACAAUGCAGGAAUUAUGGGAAAGCUAGCCCCAGACUAGUGUUUCGCUAUACUUGCAUUUUAUAUUGUUGUUGUUUUCGGCACUGUGUCCGUGAUUUUUGUAGUUUCCUUCUCGAAGCUGCUCACAGUCUUUGACCUGGAUGCUACCUUUCUAUUUAGUCCCAACCUUACCUGCACACUCUGCCUAGGAACAUCCCGAACAAAACAAAACGAGAAGGAAAAUAAGAAAAUACAGUCAGAGAGCGAAGUCUCUGCAGAUAAGUACACCGCCUCACACUUCUAAUGGGUCAUAAGUGAUGAUUUAGGGGGAUAUGAGUCUAUACAUUGUUUUUUAAGAACACCCUGCAUGGUAUACCUACAACCUUUUGUACGACAUUUUGCAAUGAAACACAUAUAUCACAAAAUAUACUAGUUUAUACAGUAUACUGCACUAGGAGUGCUUCACAGCUUCACAGACUCUGGCAAUUAUACAUUUCAAAUAUUUUCGAUCUCAUACCAUGUGACCUUGACUCUCUUCUGUUUGAUUAUUACAGUAAAACAUUUUAAUGGUUGAUUGACAGUUCAUUUAAACCUGUAACUGAAAUGGCUUGUUUAAGAUGCAUGCUUGUGUGUUCUGUAAAUUGAGAUUGAGUGUUGGUUUCACACUGAUAAAAUCUAAUAUACCAGUUGUUUGGGCAAAAUACAA